CGUGGGUGAUCAAAACAGACUGUAAUAAAGAGUAGCAAGCUGGAGGCCAUUAACCUAAAAUCUAAAAUUGCAAGUGACAUUCUACUGAGAUCUAAAGAAGGAUCCAACUGGGAAAAGCUAUGUUUUCGAAUUCAAAGUAAGGUCGUAUCCGAAACAUGAACCGGGAAGAUCUGUCAAGGAAUAAUUAUGCAUCCGAUCCAGGAAUUGAUUGCAUACACACUGAUGCCCGCUGAAGUACGAUUAAGACCAAUCAGAUAAAUCUACGUCAUAUGUUUUUUAUCAGUAGCAGUACGACAUUCUUUCAUCACCAUCAUAAUCUCGACCCACUACGCACUUCAUCCCACAGGACCAAUUUGGACCCUCACUUUCGGGUUUAAAUUACGGCAGACUUCCAUCCAGUCUUCGAAAUGGGUCUCAAGUACGUUGCCGCUUACCUCUUGGAGGUCCUCGCCGGAAAGGAGGAGCCAACUGCCGCUGAUCUCCAGAGGGUCAUCGAAUCUGUUGGUGACUUCGACUCUGCUGUGGCUGAGAAAUUGUGCUCGGAGAUGAAGAGUAUUUUUUUUUUCUGUUUCCUGAAAAUUCUUAAUUGAACUGCUCUUGAAUUUGACAAAUUCUUAUUUGAACUGCUCUUGAAUUUGACGUGGCAACUGGUAUUCACCUAUUUUGUGCAUUUGCCAAAUGCAAAUGAGGUCAAAGCAAUCCCAUCUUGUCUCAUCUCACAGGCACGUGCGUUCAUGAGGUGAUUGCUGCCGGAAAGGAAAAGCUUCAGGGCUUCGGUGGUGGCAGUGGUGGUUCCGCUGCUGGCGCUGCUGCUGCUUCUGGCGGCGCCGCAGCUGCUGAGGAGAAGAAGGAAGGUGCCCCGCCAGAGGAGGAAGAAGAUGACAUGGAGUUCGAUCUCUUCGACUAAUUCUUUAGAACUCUAGUCCUUGUUUGGACUAAUCCAACGCAGCUCGGCCAGCGCACUCUGAAGAAAAACUGCUUGUACCUCCGGAGAACGCGGCUCCUUUCUCUGAGCGGCUUGUUGCGCAAUGUGGUCUUGCGCAACCUGCUGUGGAAAACGUGUCCCCUUUUGGCUGGCGGAUCGGAACUGCAGGCCCGUUUCUAAGGGGAAAAGAAGGUGAGACCUUUGAAUGAUCCAACAGAUGACCUUUCGCCAAGCGUCGACUGGACUCGCACAGAUGAAAACUUCUUGGGAGUAGAAAGCGAUGAUAUGAUCAUCGUAAGGAUGUCUUUAAGGCUAGCGUGAAAGUGUUCCCCGGUGACCCGGUUCGAUGUUCAAUUUUUCACAGGAUGGUCACAAAAGAAUAAUUUAGAAGAUUUCGAUCACAACAGGAUAGGUCAUGAAAAUCAUCACUCCUGAUCUGUCAUCGUACGCAACAAAAAAUAAGAAUGAAUAAUGAAC